UCUCAAAUCUCACGAGCUAGCAGCAACGCCACCCCAGCAGCAUCUCAAAAUCUUGAAUUUUAUGCCAUCUUAUUGCCAAUAAGUCUUGUGUUUUGGCAUUCAAAGGCUUUUUCUUUCGUUUUCAUCUCAUCCAACGGCAGCCGCACACUCUCAACAUCCGCUGCUAGUCAAAGGCCAUCACUUCAUAGCAGUCUAGAGAAAAUCGACGGUCUCUCACAAUGAGCGACGACAAGGCGGACCUCCUGCGGUUCGCAAAUGAGUAUGCGGACAAAAAUAUCGACCUUUAUGAGCUCCUCGGGGUGGAUGCUCUCACUUCCAAAGAGGAUAUUCGCAGAGCCUGGAGAAAAGCGUCGUUGAAGUAUCACCCCGACAAGAGAGGCGACGAUUUUGAUGCUUCAAAAUGGGAGCUCUUUGAGAGAGCGAGGGAUAUUUUAUCCGAUGUCGAUGCUCGCGCUGCCUAUGACCAGUCUCUCAAAGCUAAGCUUCUGCGCAAACAAGAGCGCGAAGCAAUGGACAAGGAGCAUAAAAAGUUUGCUGACGAUCUUGAAGCCCGCGAAAAUGCGCAUAGGCAGCAGAGGGAGCAGCAGCAGCAGCGAGACCGGGAGAAGCUGGACAAGGAACGGGAGAGACUGGCAGAGGAGCAGCGGAUACACGAAGAAGAGAAGAGGCGGCAGGCUGAAGCGGCGCAGGAAAUGGAAGACUUGGCCGAGGCAAGGCGACGACUGAAGGAAAAGAAGGAGGAGAAAGCAAGGAGAAAGCAGGUCAAGGAGUCUCUAAAAGCCACAGGCGCUGUGAAAAAGUCAUCAGGACCCGCAAAUGGCGCCAUUGCCGUGCCCGGCGAUUAUGUCGUAGAUAUCGGCACUGCGAAGAAGAUGUACUGGGAAUUGGUGUGCGACAAGUUGCGAGCUGUGCAAGCGGUGAGAAACCUGCAGAAAUUGGAUACGACGAAUAGUCAGGAGCUUGAGGAAGCUGAGAAGGAAAUGAGACAAGCGAGGGAGCGAAUCCAUGAGGCGGAGAUCAAAUUUCAACAAGACACAGCAGCUGCUAUCUAACUGUUCUCACCGACAAGAGAUAAAAGGCAGCCGUGUUACGCCUGGCCAUUUCGCUA